AUCAUCAGCACAAGCUUCAAGGACAUCAGAUCUGGUCUCCAAACACUCUUCCUCAAGCAAUUCUCUUAGACAAGAAUUCAAUUCUCAUCCUUCAAAAUGCGGUUGUCCGUCCUCCUUUCUCUCCUUCCCAUGGUGCUGGCUGCCCCAGCCAUCGAGAAGCGAGCAGAGCCUGCCCCCCUCUUCAAGCCCACUAGCAAGCAUGGCCUUGUUGCCGAUCAGUACAUUGUCAAGUUCAAGGAGGGCAGCUCUCUUCAGGCUGUUGAUGAGACUCUUACCAGAAUUGCUUCUGACGCCCACCAUGUCUACCAGCAUGUGUUCAAUGGCUUCGCCGGAAAGUUGGACCAGGAGACCCUCGAAGCUCUUCGCAACCACCCUGAUGUUGAGUACAUUGAGCAGGAUGCCAUUGUCAAGGUGAACGCCUUUGUUCAGCAGACUGGCGCUCCAUGGGGCCUCGGCCGUAUUUCUCACAAGGCCCGUGGCAGCACUACUUAUGUCUACGACGACAGUGCCGGCGCGGGAACUUGCGCCUAUAUCAUCGACACUGGAGUUGAUGCCACUCACCCCGAGUUCGAGGGCCGUGCUACUUUCCUCAAGACUUAUGUUUCUGGCCAGAACACUGACGGCAAUGGUCACGGUACUCAUGUUGCCGGUACUAUUGGUAGCCGUUCCUAUGGCGUUGCGAAGAAGACUCAACUCUUCGGCGUCAAGGUCCUCGACAACUCCGGAAGUGGCACUUUCGCCAACGUCAUUGCGGGCAUGGACUUUGUUGCCAGUGACUCAAAGACCCGAAACUGCCCCAACGGCUCCGUCGCCAACAUGUCUCUUGGUGGUGGUGUUUCCUCUGCUGUUAACGAAGCUGCUGCCGCCCUGAUCGCCGCCGACGUCUUCCUGGCCGUCGCUGCUGGUAAUGAUGGUACUGAUGCUCGCAACACCUCUCCCGCUUCCGAGCCCACUGUUUGCACUGUUGGUGCCACAACCUCUGCUGAUGCCCGAGCCUCCUUCUCCAACUACGGCUCCGUCGUGGAUAUCUUUGCCCCCGGCCAGGAUAUCCUUUCCACCUGGCCCAGUGGACGUACCAACACCAUCUCUGGUACCUCCAUGGCAACUCCUCACAUUGUUGGUCUUGGUGCCUACCUUCUCUCUCUCGAGGGUCAUAUCGCCCCCCAGGCACUUUGCUCGCGUAUCCAGUCGCUUGCUGGAAAGAGCCUCCUUUCCGGUAUCCCUUCUGGUACUAUCAACGCUGUUGCUUUCAACGGCAACCCCUCUGGAUAAGCGAAGAAAGCAAGCCAAUGAAAAAGAAGUAAAGCACGCAAGCAUGUUGUACAUGAGAUGUACCGGGUCAGCAAGGGAUGUCGCUGCUGACUUGGGGUUGAACAUUCCUUAAGGUGUAUAUAAAGCUUAGUUUAGCUUCAAUUGAGGAUACAGUGCUUAUGUAUGAGUUCUUGACAUAAGGUGAUAAUUGAAUUGGAUUAUAUGCGUAACUUGAUGGAAUAGAUGGUGGCGGCUAAGGUGUUUCAUUCCCUUGGCACUUUAAUUACUACCUUGAAGCUGAAGCCUGGAUUAAUCAUCUUUGCCUUGUAGGAAGCGACCGUAGUACUGAUCAGUAUGAAGAUAUGCAUUAUAGAAUAUAUUAACCCCUCAUUGUAACCUUCAUCCCAAUGUACUCUGAUAUACUUUCAAAUC